AUGAUGGCCAAAACAAAUCAUGACCGUUCUUCCUCUGCACCAUCAUCACCUCGGAAUUCACUCAUCCCUCCACCCGAUGAUACAAUUGAUAAUUAUUCAUCCAAACCAUCUCCUCAAUUGACACAACACUCCAUUCAUCCAAAUGACCAAUCACACAAUGAACAAGUCAAGAGUCAAAAACCAUCCAAAGUCCGAGAACGAGUCCAACAAUUGAACAGCAGAAACGCUUCGUUUUCCAAUACUCACCCAAUGAAGCGUACUCCUCCUUCAUCUGCCAACAACACUCGACUUACGAGUGACCAAUCACAUAAGAAAACGAGUUUCAAUCGAUCGUUGACAAGACUCACACCGUUCUCUCCAUCCAAUCCUUCCGACAAGAAGAAUUUCACACCGAAUCCUCUUCUUCUUCCGCCACCACCACCACCACCACAACAACAACUACAAGACCAACACGACCAACAACCUUUGGUCCGUAGUACUACGGAUAUUUCUUCUUCUUAUGAAUAUCUAUUACACUCCUCUUCAGGUGAUCCUCCAAAAGACAAGAUCACGAAAGGUACAACUCUCCUAACAAAUGUUACAACACCACACACCUCCUCUCACAACAACAACAACUCACAGACUCUUGUCUCAGAAAAAGAAGACUUCGUCCACAUGCAAUCAUCUCAACCUGUCAACGUUGACAGGAACCUUUCAUCAAAAAAUUCACAAAUUCCGACACAGACUCGUAAAAAUCGAAAAAAUCGAUCCAAAUCAAAACAACAACUUUUUGAUGAAGUUUUUGAACAAUUAGAACAAUUGGAUGAAUUGUAUUUUGAUAAUAUGGUUUCUGAGGAUGAAUAUGAAGAAAUGAGUUAUAGAAAUUCCUCACUUUCCCUUAAUAAUAAUCACAACUCAUUAGCACGACCCAUAACAAAUGAUGACGAGAGACGUCUUUAUUUAUCUCAUUCACCUGUCAUUCAAUUUGAAAAUCUUGAAUUGAAUCGUGAAUUUUUAGCAAGACAUGAACGAACACAUAGUUUAAUGUCACGAGAAGAAUAUGAACAAAAAAGAGAAUGGAUUUGUAAACAAUAUAUUGAAGCAACUUCAUCAUUGAAUGAAGAGGAUGAAGAUCAUGAUGAUUUCUCUCAUCCAUUGAUGGAUGAUUUUCAUGAUGAAAAAACAUUGUCAUUACCUGAAGAAAGUUCAAAAAACAAUUCAGACCAACUUAUUAAGGAAUCCACUCCACAACAAGCAAUGACUGUAUCACAACUACGACCAUCUUCAAUUCACUUGUCACAUUUUCAAAAUAGUUCUGAAUUAUCAACAUCUAUUAAUGAAAAUUCAUCCAAAACAACGAAAUUGUAUCCUUCACAAAUCUCUCCAUCACCAACAUUUCCAAAACAUUCAUCUCUUUCACAACCUUCCUUACUACCAAUUUCAUCUACCCAUACUUCCACAAUGAAUAACAAUUUACCACCAAUUUCCACAAAAAUUCAAACGUCACAUUCCAAAGUGGGAAAAAAACUCACAACCAUUCUUAACAUGCUCAGUGAUGCACAACAACAUCACUCUCAAUCAUCCACAAUGAUGAUUCCAUCUAGUGUGACGACUCAUCAUUUUGCAAAUUCUAAAAUAUUAAUGAAUAGAACGAGUAUGGACAGUAACGAAGAAGAUGUUUCAAGUUUCGCUCAUUCGAAUCAAGUCAUGCAUGACAAUAAUUUGAAAGGAAAUAGACAUUCAUCAUCCACACUGAGUAAUUAUACAUCAUCAUCGACAAGUACGACAGCCAUGGAUAGAACAAGUGUUGAUGCAUCUUCAGAGUCUGGAAAUAUUAGUAACACAAGUCAUCAUCAUUAUUUAGAUCCAACCAUUUACAAAUUUUCAUACUUGGAAUUGAAAGAUAAAUUUCCAAAAGGUGUGAAACAAAAUGAAAAGGAAAAGUAUUUGAGUGAUGAAGAGUUUUUUAAGGUUUUUGAAAUGAAUCGAAGGGAAUUUGAGGAAUUAAAUAUUACUAGAAAGAGAAGAUUAAAAAUUGAGAAGGGAUUAUUUUAA